AUGGGCUUGCGAAAAUCCAAGGUCAUCAAGAAGAUCAAAAUGGAUAUGCAAUAAAAAGCACUCAGCAAGGCUCCAACCACUCAGCAAAAGGUGACCAUCAAGAAAGCAGAGAAAAGAUCAGAUGCACUCAAAAGCACCAAUUCUCAAUUUAGAAAACAUCAAUACAUUACAGAAAAGAAGGUCCAAUUGGAUUAAUCUAAAAUAUAAUCCGUUAUCGAUUCACUAAACAAGUACUACCACACUAAUAAUGAUGGCGAUCGCAAAAUUUAUUUAAUUGCUGAAUUGCAAUAAAUACCAGAAUUAAGUGAAGCACCCAUAAUUUAAAUGUAACCAUUUUUUCUAUUCAGUCCUCUUAAAGAAGCCAUACACUUCAAAGUAGCAUUCGUAGUUCAUGGUAAUAUACUAGAAGAUUUCUAAAAAAAAUACCCACAGUAUAAUGUUAUGAGUUAAAAUGCUUUCAUAGCUGGCAAAUCGUUUCCCAACCUUGAUUUGAUCCUCAUUGACUACACACUCUAUAAUAAGAUCAUUGAAAAGAAACCCAGCAAGAAAAUAUACCCUUUUCAUCCAUCCAAAGUGCCUUUUGAUUACAAGAAACAUUACAAUAUUGGCGAAUAUUAGGAAUACAUUAAUCAUUUAAUUGGAAGUACUUUCAGCGUAAUGAAAAACCAAGUUAAACAAAUAAUUCCAAUAGGAAAAGUAGGUCAGAGUGGGACAAUCGAUAAUGUAUUGAAGGGAGCAAUUGAUUUUAUUGCCAAAUUACUUACUCAGAGUAAGGGGAACAACGUAGAACACUUAUAUUUGAAAACUAGCAAAUCGAUUGAGUUAUUAAUAUAUUGA